AAUAAUUAAACCGCACACUUGGCCCCCCCUGGACCGAUGUGUACUUAAGGUUGGGCUCUCAAGCUCCUGGCCUGAAAGGAUCAAGGAUCGAGGAGGAUUUCAUAGCCAAAAUGGCAUUGAGGAACGUUGCGAUGAGAGCCUUGUUGCUCCUGGCGGUGGUGAGCGUGGCAUAUGCCGCCAAAGGCAAGGAGAAGAAGAAGGAGAGCGCAGAUGGUCCGGCGGCGUCCGGUCCGGGCGGGGAGUACGACAUCACCAAGCUCGGCGCCAAGCCCGACGGCACAACGGACUGCACCGAGGCGGUGGAGGAGGCAUGGGCUUCGGCAUGCGGUAGCACCGGGAACCCGACCAUCAUCAUCCCCAAGGGUGAUUUCCUGACUGGAGCUCUGAAUUUCACGGGGCCGUGCAAGGGCGACGGACUCACCAUCAAGCUGGAAGGCAACCUGCUUGCUUCCAAUGACCUGGCCAAGUUCAAGUCUAACUGGAUCGAGAUCAUGCGCGUGAAGAAGCUCUCCAUCACCGGCAAAGGCAACAUCGACGGUCAGGGCAAGGCCGUCUGGACCAAAAACAGCUGCCAAAAGAACUACAACUGCAAGAUAUUGCCAAACUCGUUGGUGCUGGACUUCUGCGACGACGCGCUCAUCGAAGGCAUCUCCAUCAUCAAUUCCAAGUUCUUCCACAUGAACAUCUUCCAAUGCAAGGGCGUGACCGUCAAGGACGUGAAGGUGAGCGCGCCCGGGGACAGCCCCAACACCGACGGCAUCCACAUGGGCGACUCGUCCAAUGUCAGCAUCAUCGACACCACCAUCGGCGUUGGCGACGACUGCAUCUCCAUCGGCCCCGGCUCCACACAAGUCAACAUCAGCGGCGUGACCUGCGGCCCAGGCCAUGGCAUCAGCAUUGGCAGCCUCGGGAGGUACAAGGACGAGAAGGACGUGACCGACAUCACCGUCAAGAACUGUGUGCUCAAGGGCUCCACGAACGGCCUUCGCAUCAAGUCGUACGAGGACGCCAAGUCGCCCCUCGUAGCAUCCAAGAUCCACUACGAGAACAUCGAGAUGGACGACUCGGGCUACCCCAUCAUCAUCGACCAGAAGUACUGCCCCAAUAAACUUUGCACCUCCAAGGGCGAGGCCGACAGGGUCACCGUCAAGGACGUUACCUUCAAAAACAUCACCGGCACCUCCUCGACCCCUGAGGCCGUCAGCCUGCUCUGCUCCGACAAGAAGCCCUGCGAAGGCGUCACAAUGUCCGACGUCAAGAUCGAGUACUCCGGCAAGAACAACAAGACCAUGGCUGUCUGCACCCACGUCAAGGUCACCGCCACAGGAGUCGACAAGGCCAACACAUGCGCCGCCUGACCUGUGAAGCGAUAACAAGACCGCAAGAGUCACUCUCCUUCCAUCUUGCG